AUGGAUUCCGACGGCGCCAGCACGAAUCAGUACUCUCCACAGUCGUUCAAUAGCAGGAUGACUGCCGUGGUUCCUUUUGUGGUCCUUCAACAACCCGACUGGGCCACUCUACACCGCACAGUGCAGGCAUUUCGCCAAGAAUCGCAGGCAGCCUUACAAGGGCUCAGUCGUGACUUGCAGGUUGCCUUGGCUACCGAGCAAGAAUAUCGCCAAGUAUUGCAGGAGAGCACUGAAUCCGACUCCGGUACUCUGGCCGAUUCUCUCCAAAAUCGUAUCGAUCGGCUAUCGAUACUCUUGGAACACAACGCCAAACUUCUCGGUACCUUGCUCCAACCGUUUCCAACGAUCCGCGUUUUGCCUAGUGCCAACCGAGAGGGGCAAGUCGGUACAGUGAACUCCCCAAACCCCAAUGAUACAAUCGAUCACACCUUCUCCCGGGCACACACCUUCCCCAUUCCCCGCGGAGCGGCAGCAUUCUUUGAGUCCUCUUCUCCGCAGCAGCCGUACGAUUCGGGUGCCCAGAUAUUGGCACACAUUGUCCGCGAUUGGAGUGACGCAGGGCGUCCCAUUCAGGCUUCUCUGUACGAUUGGUGCGUCGAACAAGUACUGGCCUACCGCACGAGGACCCCAUCGUUGCAUCCAACCGUCCGCCAGGCACAGCACGAUUCGACUCGACCAGCAGACCGGAUCCUGGUUCCGGGUGCAGGGUUGGGACGCCUGGCGUGGGAACUCGCCGCGUUGCCAACGCCGUCGGGAAACAAUAGUGCGGAGCAUCGUGCUGUGUAUGUGGAAGCAGUGGAAUGUUCCGUAUCCAUGGCGGCCACCGCCGCAAUGAUCUUGCCCCAUACGUAUCGACACAAGUUGGACGAAUCUGUUACUACUACACCUGGUGGCUGGAGUGGACGGGCCGCCGCGCAUUGGACGGCCUACCCCUACGUCGUGGAUGCCUUUUCUAACGAAGUCGAUAGCGAACGACGGUAUCGAGCCGUGCAUUUUCCUUCCGUGGAUCAAUCCGAGAAGGCGUACGAAACCGGUGUCGAUGUGGGCGCCGAGUCGUCCGACCGGUACCGACGGAGUCGCCAUCUUGACUCCCGGAACAAUCUGUCGUAUACGAUAGCGGACUUUACGACCUACCGAGGGUUGACGGAAACCAGUGGAGCGUACCGGUUCGUUGUAACAUGUUUUUUCCUCGAUACCGCCACGAACGUGUACGACUACGUGGCGACGAUUCGGCACGUGUUGGAAGGACCAUCCCGAGACCGCGAUAUGGCACUCGAUGAUGAGCGUUGUGGUGGUGACGGUGACGGCGGCCUGUGGAUCAACGUGGGUCCGUUGCAGUGGCACCGCAAUGCGGUAUUGCAUCCGAGUGCGAACGAGCUGCGUAGUAUUGUGGAACGCAUGGGCUUUACUAUUCUGUAUUGGAAAGUGGACGCAGCACCCGUGGAAUACCGCGACGAAGUUGUUGGAACGAGAGGUCCGAAGGAGGAACCGCGAUCCACUCAUUACGAUGCCUAUUGUCCGUUGCGCUUCGUCGCACGGCGCAAUUAG